CGAAGAGAAGCGGAUGCGGAUGCGGAAGCCGUGUCCUGUCAGUGCAAAGCGAAGCCAAGGCCCAGUUCGGUACUAGUAAACCCUCCUCUGCUAGUGGAGCAGCAGCAGGAGGAGGAGGAGGCGGCGGAUGCGGGAGAUCCCCGCGGGGCCGCCGCCGGAGAUGGACACCCCGGACAGGCCCCCACGCGCCGCAGACGCCGCCGCCGCCGUCGAGGACUCUCCUGUCUUCAAUUUCAUCAAUAGUCUAUCUCCUAUACCACCACCUAAGCCUUCAGACUCAGCACAUAAUGUUCAACUAUUCAAGUCAUCAGACUUGGCUCCUGUUUCGUCAAUCUUUGCGUCACCACAUGUCAAUCCUGCGAAGGAAUCUAAACUGCUGAUUAGGGACGAUUCUGUUCACCUUUCUCGAGAAUCUCACUCUCCUAACAGUGUCAGAACUCGAAUAGGGGCUACAAGCUCUAUUAGAAUGAUCAGAUGCAAAAACAUUGUUUCAGAAAAUUGCAGUAUCACGUGUUACCUUAAUGAAUCAAAUUCAAAUAAAUCAUCUCAAUCCAUCCAGCUUUGUAGUGACAGUGCAGAAAGUGAUAAGGAUCAAAAUACUGAUGGUAAAAAGGAUCCUACUAGGGAGCAAGACCACACAGAUUUAGAAUUUGUCCUACUUGAUCAGAGUGGACCAGAAAAAAUGGACUCAUUACAUUCAGGAAAUAAUGCUUGUGAAAACCAACUGUCUGAACAACACAAGGAUGAACUUGGGUCAUUUGAUGGGGGUUACAUGAUUGCACAUCAAUCAAAUAGUGAUAUGCUGAGAUUAACUCCACCAUUUGAGUCAGAAACACAUUUAGUGAAUGAGACACUAGGAGCAGAUAAUGUCUACUGUGAAUCCUUGUUGACUGAUGGUUCAAGUGGCUCUUACAUCCAAAAUUCUGCACCUGAUCCUCACCUUUACUGGGCUGGUACAGUUGAAGGGUCUGCAACAGAUUAUACCCCCCAAAUGAUCCCUGGUGCUUGUCAAAGUCAGUUGCUGCCUAAUGAUCAAAUCGGUAACAAGCUCAACGAGCCCAGCGAUUACAUGCCACUGGACCAAAAUGUGUCAUCACAGAAUUUGCGAGGCAUGCGUAGGCGUUGCCUUUUCAAUGAAAAGGCUGGGGCUGCUAAUAAAGGUGUAAAGAACACCUCAGUUCGUCAUUCUUCAAAUUUAACGACCCCCAGACGCAGAACUAGUUCUAGCGAUAACAACCUAAAGACUCUGAGAACCCCUCCAUGUGCAUUGCCUGGUAUUGGCUUGCAUUUGAAUGCCCUUGCUGCAGUUCCAAAGGAUAAAACAGCUCUUCGUAAUGACACUGAAUUUUCUUUAAAUCAAGCCAGCAAUGCUCCAUCUGCUGUUGGUUCUUCUCCACCAACAGCCGAUCCACAUACUGUAAAUGAUGAUUCUUCUCAGACAGCCGUGGUUGCAUAUGUUGAUGAGUGUAGUCAGGGUAGCCCCAAGAAGAAAAGACACAAGUUUGAUAAUGGUGAUAGCACGUCAUGCAAGCGUUGUAGCUGUAAGAAGUCAAAAUGCUUGAAACUGUACUGCGAGUGUUUUCAUGCUGGUGUCUUUUGUUCAGAACCUUGUUCAUGUCAAGGUUGUCUGAAUAAGCCUAGCAACAUGGAAACAGUUCUAUCUACCCGAGAGCAGAUUGAAUCUCGUAAUCCACUUGCAUUUGCUCCUAAAGUAAUCCGCACUGAGCCUGGUCAGGAAAUAGCUGACGACUCUAACAAAACUCCUGCUUCUGCUCGUCACAAAAGAGGCUGCAAUUGCAAGAAAUCAUCUUGCCUGAAAAAAUACUGCGAAUGUUAUCAGGGUGGUGUUGGAUGCUCUGUGACUUGCCGAUGUGAGGGCUGUAAGAAUGCUUUUGGGAGGAGAGAGGGAGUUUCAAUAUUAAGCAUGGAGGAAGCUAAGCGUGGAUCCGAAGACAAGAAUGGAGGUGUUAAAGAAGAAACCAUUGAUAAUGAUAAACAGCUUGUUAUCUAUCAAGAUACUACCAAUCUUACUCCUCCUGAGAGCGUACUGACAACACCUUUGGUUGUAGAUUGCAGACCCUUGGUUCCUCUUCCACCUUUGAGCUCCAAGAAGCCACGAUCAUCUACGAAGCUAGGUGGAUAUUCGUCUCGACUUGAAGGACCCCUGAAGUCUGACAUUCUACUCUCUCCAUUUGAAAGCUAUGCAGAAAUGAUGCUUGGGGAUGGUACAUCAAAUACCCUAAAAGGGGAAUCAUCUCCUCAAACUUCUGUCAAGGUUGUGUCACCUAAUAAAAAGAGGGUCUCUCCCCCUCGCAUUGGUACUGGAUUGUCUCCAAUCUGCAAGAGCGGCAGAAAGUUGAUUCUGAAGUCCAUUCCUUCAUUCCCUUCUCUUGGUGGCGACCUAACUAACGUGGAUCCAAACGCUAGUUCGCUAGCUCCUUGAACACAGCAAAAUUGAGUGCUUGAGGCUAUAUCCUUGUUAAUUUAUGAUUUCCACAGAGGACCAAGAUCACCAAUACCUCAGUCUGCAUCACAGUUGGUUCUAUCAUCCUCUAGAGUUUGAUGAUGAACCAAGGGAGUUUUGUUUCGGCAGUUCUGUUCAGAGGCUGAAGUUAUCCCAUGCUUUCUCGAGAGUGCAAAUGUGGAACGCUGAAUAAUAAUCCAGUAAGUGUACACCUAUGAAGCUGUUCAAAUUACGCCCCUGGAGAGCCUCCUGUGAUUGGGAGGUGUGCUAAUAAUCAUUUCCAGACUCGUCGACGUUGUCAUUGUUGAGUUGCCCAUCCCUGUUCGUAUGUACCAUUUCAUGAUUUGUAUGAAAGACAUCUAUCUUCUAUGUACCACUUUUUAUGGAUGUCAUCUAUGUAUUUGGGAUCAAGCUGUUAAAACUUUUUAUGUACUCCAAAACUUUAUGUAAUUGAGAACAUGCAGUUAUUUUUACUUAUGAAACAAUUCUGUUUAAA